GAAAUUUGUCUGAAGAAAAAAAAACCCACCCCGAGCACGAAAAUUCCGUUACUUUCUUUAGGAAAGUCGGAACAAAAAUGGGUUGUUUUCAAAAAAGAGACUGUUUGUUAGGCAAUUGCUACUUUACAUCAUUUUGGUAGCAAGGAAAUCAAAAAUCCAGAUAGGUAUGGUCAAGUGAAGCCUUAAUUAAGGGGUACAAUUUCAAACCCCAUAGGUGCUGAGAUGUUUUGUCUAUAAGGCUCUAUUAGCUGUCCAAACUCAGGCAUCGCCAAGGGACCAAGCAGACAUGAUGGCUAUCGAAGGAGAAAAACUCGGAAAGCACUGCACUAAAAACAUAAUUACUGAGGAACCGAUGCAAUGUCAGGUGACAAUUGAGGGGCUGGAAAGAGCCCAGCGCUACAUUGUAAUUAUUUCCAUCUACAUUUAUGACAAACUGCUACCGGUGUCAACUACUGAUCAAAUGGAAACCAUGGCGUUCAACAGCAGCAGCAACACUUUGCUACUUGUCAUCAUUAUGGUUCCUGUUCUGCUAGUGAUCCUCCUGCUAGCGUCAGCGGCUGCUGCAGUCAUUUACAAGAAGACCACAUCAUUGAAAAAUGGAACAGAAGGCAACGAUGAUGCAGCAAAUCACUACACAUCAACGGACAGGUAUGUAAAGCAGCACACAGUAUUUUAUCUUCUGAAAGAAUGA